UAUGAGAAAAGGGCGGUAGUGAGAAGCUGGCUGGGCUGCUGAAGAGAGGGAGCGCGCGUGAGCGCGAGAGAGAGAGAGAGAGAGAGGGGCAGGUGGGUGGGGGCCUGAACCUGCGGGGAAGGAAGGAGGGCAAGCCCCCAUCCCCCUCUCCCACUGGGGCUGAGGCACGGGGAUACAUCUGUGUGGGCCUUGCCUUCCUCUGUGCAUUCUUGCUGAGAGUCAAGAAACCCUUUCGCUGCGUUUUGCAUUCAGAGGCCAGUCAUCCGUUCGUCUGGCAGCACCCUGAUUCUGUUGGGUCCUACUUCAGUGCCAAAAGAUGAGCCGUGGAUAUUUGGAAAACAAUAACUUCCCUUAUGACAAUAAUCAAACGGUCUUGGACAUGAUCCUCUGCUCUUUAAUCGGGGUACCUCAGCCUAUCAACUGGGACAGUGUGGCAAGGCUAGUUCCAGGUUACUCAUCCAAAGAGUGUGCAAAAAGGUUUGACGAACUGAAAAACAGUGGAAAUUCUCCAGUUGAUAACCAGUACAAUCUGCUAAUGGCCAGUGGUGGAAGCCGUUUGGAAACACUAGCUACUUAUAUUAAAUCGUCGCUCCUUGAAGCCCAGGGAGAGUUAGAAGAGCCUCCCAGUGAACAAGAUGCCAUUUCUGUAAAUGGAAGGCCAAGUGUAGCUUCCUCAAGGAAUUGCUCCUCAGAAAGUGAGAAAUGCCCUGCACAUAAAGGUGGAGAAAAUGCUGAUGAAACUCAAGGGCCAAACAUGGUGAUCCAUGUGUGUGAUGAAGCAAAAAAUCUGAAAGAAGAUUUUGUUUGCCCACGAGAUCUAUUGAUUUCUGAAAUGAAGUACUUUGCUGAAUAUCUGUCAGUGGAUGCCCAGCGCUGGGAAGAGGUGGACAUUUCAGUUCACUGUGACGUUCACAUCUUUAACUGGUUGAUAAGAUAUGUUAAAAGGAACACUCAGGAGUAUGAGGUGCAUGAAAUACCUACCUUAGAACCAGGCAAUGUCAUUUCAAUUCUCAUUUCCUCUGAAUUCUUGAAGAUGGAUACCUUAGUGGAAAAGUGUAUUCAUUAUUGCCACAAGAAUAUGAGUGCUAUUGUUGCCACACCAUGCAAUAUGAACUGCAUCAAUGCUAAUCUUCUAACGCGUAUAACAGAUCUCUUCACACACAGUGAAGUGGAAGAGGUGAAGGACAAGAGAGAUAAAUUUAAGAGUAAACUCUUCUGCAAGAAAAUAGAAAGAUUGUUUGAUCCAGAGUACCAAAACCCAGACUCUCAGGGAAAUGCCGCAACCUUGUACAGGUGUUGUUUAUGUAAGAAGCUUUUAAUUAAGGACACUGAAAGAAGAAUCCCAUGUAUUCCAGGAAAAGUCAAUGUAGACCAACAUGGAAAUAUUAUCUAUGUCCACAUAAGAGAUAAAUCUUGGGAUGUCCAUGAGUACUUACUGAGUUUAUUUGAAGAGCUGAAAUCUUGGCGAGAUGUAUACUGGCGCCUCUGGGGAACUAUCAAUUGGCUGACAUGUUCGAGAUGUAAUCAAACUUUCCUAUGUACUGAAUUCUCACAUUGCCAAUACCACUCUCAGCUAGUCAUCUACCCAGGUGUGGCAAGCGCUCUUGGUUCCACUGGCACUGGAGUAUAUCCCUGCUGUAACCAAAAGGUUCUUAGAUUUGAUCCUGCUCCUCUUCCAAAAGGCUGUAAAGUGAGGGAUCAUGUGAUCGGCGUGCCUGCUGGAGGAGAAGGUGGAGAUGUUGUGCCAUACCAGACUGCUAAAAUACUGAAUGAUUUGAUUCAACACAGGAAUAUCAUUGUUGUGCCUUUUUCUAAAGAUCCAAACAGUGAUUCUGGAAUUGGGCUUUGUGACGAAGAGGGUGUCGAAUGUGAUGUGCUGCUGGAGCCAAAUACACCAUGGGGCCCCAAAACAGGGGAACUUAAUGCUUUCCUUUCUCUGAAAAAUUGGACUCUCCAGCUGAAACAACAGUUAUUGCUCUCAGAAGACGACGAGUAUACUACUGGGUCUGAGGUCACAGAGGAUGAAGUAGGCGAUGAAGAAGAAGUGUACAAGAAACCAGGAAGAAAAGAGAGGCCAAAGAAAUUUGUCAAACAUCCAAAGAAACAAAUUUCUUCACCCAGUAUUCAAAAGAAGGAAAAGAUAUUGGAGAAGUCGAACUCUCGAGAUUCAUCUCCUUUUGUUGUGAGCAUGCAGCAGAAUAAGUGGGAUGCUUCCAGAUCACUGAGGUUCAACCAAGAUACUCAAAGAGAAGAAGAUCAGCGGAGGAUGGCUGAGAUAACUGGACACUUAAUAAAAAUGAGACUUGGAGAACUGGACCGGGCAAAAUCAAAAGAAAGCAAAGAAUCUGCUGCUGGAAUUUAUGCGAGGCUUGAAGCUCAGAUCAGGGCAACUGCGCAAGUCAACACUCGCCAGAACAUCCCAGAAAAAAGUAUAAGGGCGAAAAGUCGCUUUGCCCUUGGUCGUCCCACGUAGAAACAAGACAACUCCUGAACAGAAGCCAAAGCACUUUCCUGCCUCUGGGGACUGCAGUGGAUGCCAGAACCCGGGGGUGCCUCUUCCUGAACCUUUUAAGUGACUUAUUUAUUACUGUAUGCCAUGUAGAGUGUGUGUGGAGGAUGAUUUCCUUGUAUGUUCAAGUUGUAAAUACACCAUUUCUUAUAUUAAACAAAGUGCACUUUUUCCUAAGCAAUGGUGCAUUUAUAAACCUGCAAAAUAACUUUUAAAACCCUCAGUUUGCUGAGGGGUGGAAGGAGUGGUGCUAACAAACUGUGGUGAGUUUCAUACUCAUUUGUUUCUGAACUUUGGGACUGAACCAACCGUUGGCUUUUAAAAAUCUGCCUCAUCUGUUGAGUGCAUAGUUCUAAUUAAGUCUUGCAUUGUACUAGAAUAGCUCACGCAAAUCUUGCUUGUGCUGAUUUGGCUGUAGGGGGAACUCUGUGGAGGCUGAUGCCUUUGCAUCUCAUGUAUACCCAACCUGACCCCACCCACUCUGGUCUCGUUCUCAUCCUGAGAGAGCAUUUCAGUUGGAAUAUGCCACUUCAUCACCACUUUGCGCCACCUUCUGCAGUAUUUGCCUGUAAUGCAGGCUGCUUUGGGCAGAAAGCUGGAUGUAGUACAAAGAUGUCAGUGCUAGUGGGGGAGGGGAGGGCCGUGGACACAUUAAAGCUCUUCCUAAGCUCAUGCUUUGCUGCCAUCAGUGCUAAAGGAAGAGAUGCUGCUGCUUUUUUUGAGGGACCAAUUUAACAUGAGAGAAUCCUCUAGUACAUACAAGUAAUGAAUGAUACGACCUGCUCUUGUCUCUACAAUCACCUCCUACGGUACCCUUUGGUGCAGGACCAAAUGUAAGUCCAUUGCGGGCAGGUUUUAUGGGUUUCAGUUCCUGAAACAGUAUCAUGGAAAAGGCACUCUGUGAUUUAUCUUAAGCACAUUUAAAGUCAGAGAUAGAUUUGACUAUGCCUCUGUCAGGAUGUGGGUGGGGAGGGGGGACCUGGAGGCUUUGCUUGUCUGCUGUGGCCCCAGCUCUGGGCCAUACAUUGAAUGCCGGCCAAGUGUUAGUGAUGUUUAUUGGACAUACAGUUGCAUCCUGAGCAUGUUUUUCGUUUUUGUUUCCAUUUUUCUAUCAGAUUCUGUUUCUAUACAGAAUAAUCCUUUUGGUCAUUUUGAUUAUCUGCAAUUUUGGGUGAGCAGGCUCCUCUGCUACUGUGAAUCUUGCUGGAGUGUGUCCACGCAUGUGGUCGUCAACCGUAUUUUCGCGCGUCGUCCUCACCCAAGGCUGGAACCUGCACCUGCCUAGAACCCGCAGUUCAAUAGCUUCCUUGCCACAAGUCAAUUAGAAAGUCCUCACACAGCUGCUCCCCUGUGCAUUCCUCUGCUGGCAAUUGUAAACUCUACUCCCUUGCUGUUUGCCAAGAUGAAAACUGGUGAGACGGCUGAUGCUUCCUGUGGAGGAAAGAAGGGCAAGAGAGCAUUUCAGCUGCCUCCUCUUGACUGUGUGAUCCAGGGAUCCUCUAAAAAAUUAUCCAGCACCACCCCCACCUCCCGCCCAGAAAGUGCUUGACAGUCCAGAAACAGUUUCUGUGCAUGACUUGCUAGAAAGCCCGUACCUCUUAAAGUGGGAGUGUGGGGACUUAUAUUUGGAAAAAAUGAAUAACCCACGGGUUCUUGGUGAGAAAAUACAAAGAUCAUUUUUGCAGAGGCAUUUUGUGCAUGGAGGUCUUUGGCUAUCAGUCUGCUUUUGAAUCUGUCUUGAUUAACCUUGAGUACAAGAAACCACAGGUGGAUUGAUUUAAAUCAGGGUGAUUUUAAACUGGCAAUUGCAAUCACCAAGGAAAAAAGCCCAAUUUAUAGUGUCAAGUUUAUUGUUUACUUCCUAAAUAAAAGUGCAUACAACUGAUUGUUAUAAACAUAAAACAUACUGUGUUAUCACUUUUUACCUGACAAUUUUUUUUCAAAAUUAUUCCCCAAUAGGGUUUCUCUUAUGACAAGUUUUUGUAGACAGGUGCUAGUUGGAAUAUGUUUUUCUUCUCCUUUUGUCAUAUAACUGCUCUGCCCUCACAUCUUCCCCCCAACCAUUCCUGGUAUGUAUGUAUAUAUGUAUUUAUUUAAAUUUAUAUACCACCCCAUACAGAAAAAGGCUCUGGGCAGUUCACAAUAUAAAACCAAUUAAAACAUGCAGUACAUGCAUUGUACUGGGAA